CAUACCUACUACUCGUGUUUACGUUUUAACGUCACUUUUACAUUCGUUUUCUUUUAAGCGUAAUUAAAGAAUUUAACCAUUUUAAACGAUCUAAUGGUGAAAUUGUUGAUUGGAAUAUCACGAUUUACCGAUCGAAAGUGAUUCGAAAUGAUUUGGUUACGAAAUUUUAUGUGUUUGGGUGUUUUAACCUCACUUUUCGUUACGGUUGUUUCAAUAGAAAGUGAUGGAAUAAUCAAUAUAGAUGUUGCAAAUUGGAAUGAAACCAAUAAUGUCUUUAAAAUACGCGAAAUAUUACAUGGUCCAACUAAAAUUCAUAUUAAAAACGUUUACAAUUUCGGUUUUUUCAUUAUCCAAGUACACAGUUUUUCCAAUACUGUUUAUUUAUCUCCUUCAAAUACUUCGGAGGAUGAUAAUAUUGGUGUAAACGGAACCAAUAUCGGUUUAGUUCAAAUGAUAACCACCGAUGAAUUUGAUUUUUAUUUAAACGGAAUCGAUCAUACUCAUGUUUUAAUCGUUGUCACUGGAUACGAUAUUAAAGCUCCUAUUCCUGGAGGUUGCAAUUUAACGUUCGAAACUGAAGAUGCUCCUUAUCAAAAAUUACACAGUAGUCAAGAUUUAAUAACAUUAGAUGCUCAACCACCUGGAGUAUUCCCUCUUGCAUGUGAAUCUGUGAAUAUCACGAUCGAUUUUUACCAUUUAUUUUUGGAAGAACAAGAUUUUACGUCGGAAUCAUAUUUCUUGGGGAUAGAAAAAAUGUUAACUCCCGAAAAUAUGAUAAAAUAUGGUCGUAAAAUACCAAAAGUGACGGGCGUAGCCCCGAUGAGACGAUAUUUUGUAAAUUAUUUAGGUGUAGGGGCGGUUUAUGGAAUUGUUACUGAUUUCCAUGGGUUCAAAUCAGCUUACGUUCCCGCUGUAUCUUAUGGAUGUGAUAUUAAGGAUGAUAAUGGUUGUACAGGUCCAACGACAACUUUAUGGAGGGUUAUUUGUGGAUUUAUGGCGUUUUAUGGAUGUUUUUUGUGUUUUAUGGGUCACAGAUUUUUCCAGUUUAAUUUGUUUUGUACUGGAUUUAUUGUUUCUGCGAUAUUAACUUAUAUUGUUAUUUCUUAUAGUAACUUAACAGAAUGGGAAACAAUGGUAACUUUGGGUAUUGUUGGAAUAAUUUAUGGUGGUGCUUGGUUAUUGAUUUGGUGGAAACUUAAAAUUCCAAUACUUUCAGUUACUUUAACUUAUUUUAUUGCUGGGUUUUUAAUCGGGGGUGUUUUCUAUUAUUCGGGACCAGCUGAUUUAAGUUUAUUCCGCUCCGAUACCAACUUCUGGAGCGUUUUAAUCGGAAUAAGUUUAUUAAUAACUAUUUUAUUACUCAUUAUAUCCCAUUGGCCAUCGAACAUAAUUGCUACCAGUUUUAUAGGAGCCUACAUCUUCAUAAUUCCUUUCGAUUUAUAUUUUGGAGGAACGUUACGUUAUGUUAUUUUAAACGUAAUCCAUAGGGCAACUAUUCAACAUUUUAAAUGGGCUGUCGUUAAUCCACCGUAUCAAUCAACAGAUGUAACCUUUAUGAUUUCAAUACUGUUAAUGGCCUUCCUGGGGAUGUAUAUUCAAUGGAGACAUAUUAAGGGUCGAGCUCCCUUCCCUCCUUCAACAAAUAUUUUGGAUCGUGGCAAUUUUGGAAGGGUGUUUGUUGAAAGAAACGGGAGAAAUUACAAUCAAACGGAAAACACUCCGUUACUUAGAAAUAUUGAAAGAAACGUUUAUGGUUGAAGUAGUUAAUCUUCAUAUUUAGAGGAGAUUGUAAUCUCUUCUUAUUUUCUUUUUGUAGUUUAUAGGAAUAUUAAAGAAUGUGAUUGUAAAGGCUGAAUAUAAUCGAAAUAAAAUUAGAUCUUUUUUGUCCAGAA